AGAUUGUAAGCAACUUCAGAUAUUGCAUAUCAAGACGCGACCGAAAAAGACAUGGCGCCUGUAAUAGAGAAGGUAUUAGAUGGCUUUAGACUUGCAGAAGGUCCCCAUUGGGAUAAUAAAAAGCAAUGCUUGUAUUUUGUGGAUAUUAUCGAAAGUACUAUUUGCAGAUAUGUGCCAUCAACGAAAAAACUUACUAAAGCCAAGAUCGAUAACUAUAAUGUUUCGAUAAUCAUACCAGUCAAAGACAGAGACAACCAAUUCAUAGUGACUUUGAACAAUUCUAUAGCUUUAGUAGAAUGGGAUGGAGAAAGUACAAAUAUAAGUUCAUUAAAAAAAAUCUAUGAAGUGGAUGCUGGAACUAGCAACGUAUUCAACGAUGGAAAAUGUGAUAAAACUGGAAGAAUUUGGGCAGGUACUAUGGGUUCAUCGCCCACAUCGAUUGACGAACUUGUUAAAGGUAAAGGAACAUUGUACAGCUUUUCCAAUAACACAGCAACACCUCAUAGAGGUGAGAUUGGCAUAUCGAAUGGCAUUGCAUUUGACUAUAGACUUGGAAAGAUGUAUUAUACAGAUUCAUUUAGCUUUAGAGUUGACCAAUAUGAUAUUGACUUAAGCCAAGGCAAAAUAUCAAAUAUGAAAACUAUAUUUUCAAUUAAAAAUCAAAGCGAACUGGCUGAAGAAACAUUUUGCGAUGGUAUGACGUUGGAUUCCGAUGGAAACAUAUGGUUAGCAUUGUUUAAUUCUUCGAAGGUAUAUCAAUUAGAUCCUUCCAACCCAGAGACAGUUUUGAAGGUUUUGGAAUUUCCAGCUGCACAGAUCACUUCUGUAGCAUUUGGUGGGACAAAUCUGGAUGAGUUGUAUGUUACUUCUGGCAAUCUUUCUGACAGGCCCGGUGGAAAAAGUCCAGGAUCUGUUUUUCGGGUGACAGGACUGAAUGUCAAAGGACUACCUGCAGAUGAAGCGAUUCUUUGAAUAAACUUUAUUCUUGUUAUAUUUAAAUGUUAACUAUCGAUAUAAAUAAAGUUUAUUUACUAGU